CGGAGCUAUUGUGCAUAAAUGCAUUCACUAAAAUCAAACUACCAUGCCGACGGUUGCUGUUGAAACCAUGAAAGUCAACAAUGGAUCUGUUCUGCUGGAGGAGAAACCAAAGGAAGCAUCUACAGAAAAAAGCUGGUUGAGUCGGUACAGACAGCUGGCUCAUUACUUCUCUCUGCUCUGCUUUCUGCUCAUCGUGGUCACUCUCCUGCUGACUCUCAGCUUGGUUCAGAUCACCUUCACCUUCCAGUCACAGUCAGCCCUGCAGGAAAACAAACUGAAAUAUUUGACGCACAGACUGGAGGAGCUGAACCAGUCCUAUCGCCUCCUGUUCUCCCAGUAUCCCGCUCUGAACCAGUACUGCUCAGUCAGCAACUCCAGCACUGGGGAGACAGUGUGCACACCAUGUCCAGCCGGCUGGACGCCUAAUGGAGAAAAAUGUUUCCUGUUCAGUCAGGACAGAGCUGACUGGAUCAGCAGCCAGUACCGCUGCAUGGCACUGGGGGGGGCUGUGGCCACAGUGCAGACAGAGGAGGAGCAGGUGUUUCUGUGGGGGAAGGCCCAGAGUCUGAGCCAGGGAGACUCGUACUGGCUGGGCCUCAGGGGGGGAGGUGGUGACGGGGGCUGGCAGUGGAGUGACGGCUCCCUGGUGGAGAAGGGACCAGGGUUUUGGGAGCGUGAGCCCAAUAACGCAGACAGCAGAGAGCUGUGUGGACGCCUCACCCCGAGAGACGACUACAGGAAGAGCUGGUUCACCUACAGGUGCUCCAACCUACUGAGGAGGGUCUGUGAGAGGAGACAAGCUACUCUCCAGUGA